AUGUUUUCGGAACAGGAGAUCAAAGGGGAAUUAGAACAGAGGGCAUAUACUCCUCUCCACAUUAUCCGACUAAAACACAGUGGCGACGUACCCAUGCCUUUGGUGGUCGUGAUAUUGCCCAAGAUUGAAAAGUCCCAGCAGCUGUUCAAUGAACAUGAGCUGCUGGGUCUAGCAAUCAGAGUUGAAGUUCAAAAGAACUCUAGACUUAUUGGGCAGUGUCACCGCUGCCAAAGGUAUGAUCAUGCGCAGUCUUACUGCACAGCACCUCCCAAAUGUUUAAAAUGUGCUUCCGACCACAUUUAUGCCCCCUCACAGGACAAGAGGAGCGAAAGUGUGCGAACUGUGGAGGGGCGCAUCCCGCUAACAGUCCCACUUGCAGAUUCACCCCCAGGCGAAAUCUGGAAGUCAUAG